AUGGCGACUUCAUAUGACUUUUCGGGGAAGAUCAUCGUGAUCACCGGUGCCGCAAGUGGAAUUGGAUUGGCCACUGCCAAGGCAUUGUCAGCCAGCAAUGCUCGACUGGCGCUGUGCGAUCUAAAUGUGAAGGGUCUGGAAUCCUUCGAUCUUGCUGAAGGCAAACACCAUGUCUUCAAGCUAGAUGUGACAUCAUCGUGCGAUGUAGCGAAAACCGUCGAGUCAAUUGCCCGAGAGUUCGGGACAGUCAGCCAUCUGUUCAAUUGUGCCGGUGUGAAUCCGACAGCAUACCCAUUGACCGAAACGACGGACGAAUACUGGAAUAAAAUCGUCGACACGAAUGUGAAGGGUACUUACCUGAUGACUCGAGCCAUCAUUCCUCAUCUGAAAGUUGGAUCAUCAAUUGUCAAUGUUUCAUCCAUUGCUGGAUCCCGUGCUAUGGCGGGAUGGGCAAUUUACAAUGCCUCCAAGUUUGGCAUCGUUGGAUUUUCAAAGUCCAUGGCACUGGAGUUGGGCCCGAAGCAAAUUCGUGUAAAUGUGGUGGCACCUGGGCAUGUACACACACCGACGAAUAUUGCGGUGAAGCAGGGUGACGACGCUGUCAAAGCUGUGGGGAAGCAGGCGAGUGCGAUGGAGAGGAUUGGAACUAUGGAAGAAGUAGUUAGUGUUGUCUUGUUCUUGAUGAGUGAUGCGGCAAGCUAUGUAAAUGGAAGUGUGGUGGAAGUUGACGGUGGAGCGAAGUGA